GGUGCCUUGGGGGCGUGGGGAGUCCCUCGCAAACCUGGAGGUCGCGGGUCGGUGGCUCCAGAUCUGUCUGAAGAAACUACGAUAGUGCAGCGGUCUCGUUGGCGCCAUGUCGUUCUGCAGCUUCUUCGGGGGCGAAGUUUUCCAGAACCACUUUGAUCCGGGUGUCUACGUGUGCGCUAAGUGUGGCUAUGAGCUUUUCUCUAGCCGUGCAAAGUAUGCUCACUCGUCCCCAUGGCCAGCCUUCACCGAGACUAUCCAUCCUGAUAGUGUGGCCAAGCGUCCAGAGCACAAUCUGCCUGAAGCCUUAAAGGUAAAGAAACUUCUGCCCCCCAGGGGAAGUAGGUGGGAAGCCUUCAGCCACCCCAGAAGGGUCCUGCAUGAUGGCCACACUCUGACCACCCUAACUUGGAAUUGGAACCCCAGACAUUCAGACAGGGAGGAGGGGCCAGCUGAAACAUCAGGAAAGCUCCCAAGGCCUUGGCUCUGCACUGGUUCUCCUUGGGAAAAGUACGAGCGGGCCACUCGUGGCCCAUCUCCUGCUGCCGGGAUGGGCCUGCAGGGCCCAGCUGUUAGCUUAUCUUGGCUUCAGAGAGGUGGGCUCUAAGCCUGGCUCAUCUGUGAGUGAUGGUGCACCCACCUUUACUCUCCUUAGUCCAGUGCCCCCUUCUUGACUGUUAGGACUAACCCCUGUGGGGCCCAAUUUUAAGACAAUCUCCAGCCCCCACUAAAGCUGGUGCCCAUUUCCCUCCAGCUGUGCUAGGAGACAGAAUGCAAAUGGAGGAGCCCCCAGCCAGCUGCUCCAGCCUCAGCCACUGCAUGAUUCAUUCUGGUUAAACCCUUCUAGGCAGUCAGAGUGUUGAUGACCUGUGACCUGUGGCGGGAGUGGGCUGAGGAGGACAGACCUCUGGUCUCUUAGUUACGAGAAGAGAAACCCUGAACUCUGUUUCACAAUCUGUGUGGCUGCUGCUUGCCUCAUGCAGGUUUAGGAAAGCAUCUAUUGCUUCAUAACCUUGACUGUACAAGGUUGGGGGGCUGUGGAGCUCACAGCCCACAGCCCACAGCCCACACUGUCCCAGGGCACAGUGACCACACUUUCUUGCACCCGUGCUGAAGCUCUUGCAGUCUGGGAGGGUGGGUGAUGCUGAAGCCCUCCUUCCCAUCUUGAAUCCUCUCUGGAGUAAUUAGGAGACAAAUAAACCAAUGAAACACA